GUCGCCGCAACCAUGAGCGCACCACGAGUCGGGCGAGCAGCGCUGAAGAAGGCCAAGUUGCCUGCUUCUGCUUCUGCUUCCAAGCCAGCGCCUCGAUUCCCAGUAGCAGAUGGCACCGGACCCAAAACCUUACCUAAACGUGCCAACCAACACCUCAAGGACCUCCCUUCUACGCCUCCGCCCGCCCCCGUAUCCCCCAGAAUCAUGACCAUCCUCGGCGUCAGCGCCCUCACUCUUAGCACUUACAUCGGCUACCUCUACGCCUCCUACCGUCGCGAAGUCACCCAAUCGCAAUCUCUCUCCGUUCCCCACGAUGUCUCCGACCGCUACAACCACACCGCACGCACCUUCGACGCAGACGUCGAAAUGUCCGAGAAAGUCAUGCGCAUGGGCUCCAAGCGCGCAGACUUGAUCAGUCGCGCACGCGGCGAUGUCCUCGAAGUCAGCUGCGGUACGGGUCGAAACCUCCCGUAUUAUGAGCUCGGACAGCGGAGGGGGCUCGAUAACAAGGGGCGUGUCGGUGUGCAUGGAUGCCGGUCCGUCACAUUUGUGGAUCUGAGUCCGGAGAUGGUGGGGAUCACCAAGGCCAAGUUCGCGAAACAGUUCCCGGAGCAUGAGGUGCCGGUGAACUUCGAGGUGCAGGAUGCGGCGGGUGUUUCUAGGCGUCCUGUUGAUCCGUCACGGAAGGGUGACGAGGGCUAUUAUGAUACGGUGGUGCAGACCAUGGGGCUGUGUUCGAUGCCAGAUCCGGUGGGCACGUUGCGCCAUCUGGGGACGGUUGUUGACCCGAACAAGGGUGAGAUCUUGUUGUUGGAGCACGGGCGGUCGCAUUAUGAUUGGCUCAAUCGUAUCUUGGAUAAUUUGGCGUCGGCGCAUGCGGAUAGACAUGGGUGUUGGUGGAAUCGGGAUAUUGGGAAGAUUGUGCGGGAUAGUGGGUUGGAGGUGGUGGAAGAGAAGCGCUGGCAUUUUGGGACAACGUGGAAGUAUGUCUUGCGGCCGGCGAGGAGAGAGAAGUGA